UUACUGUGUGUGACAGUUUCUUCUUAAAUCUUUUGAUGCUAAACAGUCUCUUAACUCACGUCAAACAGAAAGCGAUCAAGCGCAUGCAUCUGUGUGUGUUCACGUGAUCGACUGUAGUGUUGGGGAGGACUUUACUGAAUUUAAAUUUUACAGAUGAUGUUUAGUUUCUCUCACACACAUUGCUGCAGAAUAUGACUGCUGUAAAAGUUUUACUCUAUUUAUAUUUAUGGCAUUGUGACGGUGUGUUUGGUGCUGAAGUGAAGUCAGUGUCAGUGAUGGAGGGAGGUUCUGUGACUCUUCACACUGAUGUACAAAUACAGAUUAAAGAUGAGAUCGAGUGGAUGUUUGGUGUUGAGAGUCCAGAUGAAAUCAUAGCUCAAUUCAUCAGAGAAGACAAAACAACAUCAUUUAAUGAUGAAAGAUUCAAGAAUCAUUUAUAUGUGAAUCAUCAGACUGGAGAUCUCAUCAUCACAAACAUCACAAACAAACACACUGGAGUUUAUAGAGUAGAGAUCAACAGACAACCUUCUGUCAUCUUCAGACACUUCAAUCUUACUGUUUAUGCUCAUCUGCCCGUUCCUGUCAUCUUCAGAAACUCCACACAAAGCUCAAACUGUGUGUUGUUGUGUUUAGUGUAUAAUGUGAGAGAUGUGAGAGAUGUGAGUCUGUCCUGGUAUAAAGGAAACAGUUUAUUGUCCAGCAUCAGUGUGUCUGAUCUCAACAUCAGACUCUCUCUAACUCUGGAGGUUGAAUAUCAGGAUACAAACACAUACAGCUGUGUGGUGAACAAUACCAUCACAAACCAAACUCAACAUCUCAACAUCACUCAACUCUGUUCAGCUGAUGUCUACUGCUGUUGUGGUUUUACUGAAGUUGUGAUCCGAUUGGUCGUCUCUGCUCUGGUGGGCGUGGCUGCUGUUGUUGUUCUAGUUUAUGACAUCAGAACUGAAUGAGAUUCAACAUCAGCAUCUUACAGGAUUAUUAUGUAAGGGAUAAUGU